CUUUAACAUCACGCGGCAUGGCCAACCUCACGGACACGCACGCCAGCGCUGGUUGCAUCCACUACUUGGACGCCUUCAACUGUACGGGUCCCACCAUGUCCCUGCCCGCUCUCUCCGCAAGCCUGGCCAUCAUCUCCUUUUUCGUGGUGGCCACUGUCCUGGGCAACCUGCUCAUCAUGAGCACCAUCGCCUUCUUCAAGCAGCUCCAGACGUCCACCAACGUCCUCGCGCUGUCCUUGGCCGUCACCGACUUCCUCAUCGGCCUGAUCAUCAUGCCGAUGGCCAUGACCAAGGAAAUGUUCAACUGCUGGUUCUACGGCGACAUGUUCUGCAAUGUGCACUUCUUCGUCGACUACAUGCUCACCAACUGCUCCAUGCUCCACCUAGGCAGCAUCGCGCUCCAAAGGUACGUGGCCGUCAGCGAUCCAAUGCACUACGCGACCAGGAUGACCAGCAGAUCGUUGGCCGCGAUCAUUGGCUUCUGCUGGCUCGGCUCGGCCGUCUUCUCGUCGCCCAUCCUGCUCAGCUUGAGCCCCGCGCUUUCGGAGCAGACGGUUGCGAGGAAAUCCUGCGCGGACAACUGCCUCUUCUACGUGCACAUGGGCAUCAUGUUCGUCGUCGGCUACUGUCCCUACUUCGCCUCUCUCCUGGUCAUCGUGUGCGUCUACGCAAAAAUCUACAGGAUCGCGCGCAAUCAGAUGAGGAAGAUCAGAUCGGUGGCCUGCAAGGUGGAAGAGACGACGCGCCAGGUGAUCAAACGGGAGCACAACGCCACGAAAACUCUAGGGGUCAUCAUAUUCUUCUUCCUCCUUUCGUGGCUCCCGUACUACCUCAUCGUCCUGUCGUCCAUGGCCGUCAAGAACACGAUGUCUGCAUACAGGGUGGCCCUCUGGGCCGGUUACAUCAGCUCCGCUUUCAACCCGCUGCUGUACGCGUUCUUCAAUCUGCACUUCCGCAACGCGUUCAAGAUGAUGCUGAGUUGCAAAAUAUUUGCGCCCAGAGCACGACACACCGACUUAAAUUUCCUCAACAAGGCAACGAAUGAUCGUAAUUAA